GGCUCUCGCUCCCCAGCAGUGUGCGCUGUCUGCCUGGGGAGACACUCACACAACUUCGUCGAAUGCUCAAGCGACAGAACAUGGAACAGCGCCCAUCCCGCACUCACCACUCGAGUCAACAAGCAGCUCCUCACGCGCAACUCCGACAAGCCCUUGUGCGUGGACUGGCAACGUUCACGCAGCUGCACAAGUCGUUCCCACGACGAGAGACAUGUCUGCUCAGGCUGUCUCGCCACCUCACAUGGUGCUCAACACUGUCCUCGAGCACAG